AUGCCUGCCAAAUCGGCGCAGCAGAGCCCUCGGGCGCCGAAGGCCAGCCCCAAGGCCACUUGCGACAAGGACACGACCGCCAAGAAGUUCUGGAUGAACAACUACGGAGAGACUCGCUGGUACGACGACAUCUUCGGGCGCAACUAUCGGGCCAUCAUGAACCAACCAUUGACACCGAACGUCUACGAGUGCGGCUUCCCGUGUCAGCCCUUCUCCGUCUUCCGCGCGCUCGAGGGGAUGACGCCAGAUCUUUUCAUUUUAGAGAACGUCGAGGGCCUGCUGAUCCAUCGUCCCAAUACAUUGGCAGCCAUCGUGAAACGCUUGCGCGAGCGAAAGUCUGGCUACUACAAUGUGCACCUUAAGUUGCUCAACUCAGUGGACCACGGGGUGCCCCAGAACAGAAAGCGACUGUGGUUUGUGGGCAUCGCGAAGAAAAUCGACAAGAAUACGUUCACUUGGCCAGCGGACAUCGGCAGCGUCAAGAUCGACGACUUCCUGGAUCCCGGCGUGAAGGAGGUCGCGAAGAGCAUGCCUCCGAAGAGCUCUGCGUUCGCCUGGCAGAGCUUCCUGAAGCUCAUGAAGGAUGCCGUUGCGUCGGGGCUGAAUCCACUCAAGGAAACCCUGGUGAUGGACAUUGAGUCUACUAAGCCUGGGUGGAUGGGCCGAAGGGCGUUUGGGCGCAUGGGUAAGAUGGACAUGAAUCCACACAAGAUGGGCCAGUUGAUUGGGAACGCGCAGAGCGCGAACGUUUUGGAGCGCAUCCUGUUCCAGGCGCUCCCGGCCGCAGGCAUCAUCCCGCAGAGCGAACUCAAGGGUCGCUGGGAGACCAGAGCUGCCGCCGCGAAGACGGUGGCUAGCUUUUCGAAGUGA